AUGAAUACAACUUUAUCAAGAAAAAUUCAAAAAGUUUUAGAAAUUAAAUUAGAUUCUAAAGAUUUAUCAAAUGCACUCGAGGAACUAUCCACUUUUUAUACAGCAAAUUCCAUCAGUGCAAGAAGAAAUUUGCGAAGUGAAAUAGAAAAAAGAUAUUUAGACAUUAAUAUAGAAUUUUUAGAUCAAUUUAAUCAACUGAAUGAUAGUAUAAACGAAUUAAUAAAGGAUUUUGAAGAAAUUAAAACAGGUUGUGAUGAUAUUUGCAAUCAUUUAAAUUCGACCAAUAAGGUGUCAAGCAAAUUAUUAACAAAUGCGAAUAUGUUAACAGAAAAUUUGAAAGAUAUCGAAGAGAAAGAGAAAUUAUUAAAUGAAUUUUAUAAAAAGUUUAAACUAAGCCAACAAGAAGAAUAUUCGUUAACAAAUAGCACUGAUAUUGACUCAAAUUUCUAUAGAGCUUUAGAUAGGUUAUCAGAAAUUCAGUUAGAGUGUAAAAAGAAUCUAAUUAAUAAUCAAUACCAAAAGCCAACAUUUGAAAUACUGGAGCAAAUUAAUAAACAUCAAGAAACUGCAUAUCGUAGACUAUAUGGCUGGACUAAAGAAAUAAUAAAAUCAACAUUGCAAAGAGAAAACCCAACCAUAGAAUCAUUUAAAGAUAAUCAACAAAACUCAUACAACGAUAGAUCUGAUAAUAUAGAUUCAAGACAACAUGAAGAGUCAUUAAAACAAAGAAAACAAUCAUCAAUGUUACCACAGGCAUUAGGCUCAUUACAGACAAGACCAUUACUAUUAAAACAUUGUUUGGAUGAGAUUUCAGAGUAUCGUUCAAAAACAAUUUCCACAGGUUUCAUAACUGCUCUAUCUUUUGGAGGACCCAAUGGUAUGCCAAGACCAAUAGAAAUAAAUGCCCAUGAUCCACAAAGAUAUUUAGGUGACAUGCUGGCAUGGAUCCAUCAAUGUUUAGCCUCAGAAUUUGAAUUGGUUUCGACUAUAUUAUCAAAGGUUACAAUAAAAAUUAAUGAUAAGAUUAAUGAUCAGCAACAACAGCAACAAAAUAGUGACCAACAAAACUCAAUAGAACAAGAUGAAGAGCUUAUCGAUCCUAUUUUAAAAGUUUUAAAUGAUAGCUUUGAAUGUAUAAAUAGACCAUUAUCAAUUAGAGUUGAACAAAUUUUACAAAGCAAACCAGGUAUUAUAAUAACAUAUCGUAUGAUAUCAUUGUUAGAUUUUUAUUCAAGAAUGGCUAUUUCAAUCUUACAACAACAAAUUAUAGCUAAUAAUAGAAUUUCAAAUAUAUUUAAUUUAAUUAAAUCAAAUUGUUUAUCAGUAUUUUUCACACAAAUUAAGGAUCAUUUUGAUAAAUUAGAAAGAUCACCAACUAUACCAUCACAUCAAGAUUUAUUACCAACUAAUGAAAUUAAAGAUUCAGUUAACAAACUAAGCGAUUUACUAUCGACAUUUAAUGGAUCAUUAAUACCAAUAGAUGAAAGAGAGAAAGAAUAUAUUCCUGUAUUUAGUAGUUUUAUUCAAAAGAUCAUUAACUUAACAACAUUCUCUGCAACCUCUUCUAAACUACCCCUAAUCAGUAUGGCAGUAUUUAUGAUCAAUAGUCUUAGCUUAAUUAAAGGAGUUUUAGAAAACUAUAACUUUACCAAAUCAAAUUUAGAAUUAUUAUCUUGCCAAAUAGAGGCCCAUAUGGACACUUUGGUUGAGGAGCAAACUAGCGAAAUUCUACAACAAAUGGGAAUAGGUCCAAAACUUUCAAUUCUUCAAUAUAGCGAUAAUAAAACACCACUAUCUCAAAAUAUUGGCAUGGAUAGACUAUCAGUUGUACAAUCUAUAAGACAGUUUGAUAAUUGUUUAGAACAAAAUUUCGGUUCCUUGGCUAUGCCAAAUUGUGAAAAAAUUUCAGAUACCGCCCUUAAAGUCUACUCUAAAAAAAGUGUUUCAAAUUUAAUAUCGGUUGCUUAUUCAUCUCUUUAUAAAUCAAUACUAGAUCCAUUUAAUCAAUAUGACGAGCCAAAUCAAAUUUUCCAAUAUAAACCUGAUCAAAUUAAAACAAUGUUAGAUAUUUAA